UUUUGAAGAGGAGCGUAUGACUGGAAAGUGGACAACCGAGGUGAGCACCUGAAUCUGCACACCUGCAGCUCGUUAAACACUGAUAGCCAUUAACGAGCCACCUUUAAUUGGCGGCUAACAUGUAGUUGAGAAUGAAAACAGCUCUUACUAUAAAACAACGGAGCUCCCCUCAGCUGUUUGGAAGCGAGGCGGGACUGAAAUCUCGUUUGUAACAACUUUGUGGAAAUAUGUAACAAACAGAUGAGGACGGAAAAUGGAGCAGUCGGCAACCCUCAAUAUAGAGAACCUCAAGAUUACCCAGGAGCAGUUUAUCCUGGCCUCGCAGUCCCUGCACCUCCAGCGUCCGGGCUGUGAAGCCGUAUAUCCAGUGGGGCUGUACGGCUGGAGAAAGAGAUGCCUGUAUUUCUUCCUGCUGCUGCUCCUGGUCACCAUGAUAGUAAACCUGGCCCUCACUGUCUGGAUUAUUAAGGUCAUGAAUUUUUCAACGGACGGGAUGGGAAACCUGCAGCUGAACCAGGACGGCCUUCACCUGGAGGGAGUCGGCGAGUUUCAGAUGCCUCUGUAUGUGAGCGAGAUCCGGUCCAGAAGGGACAGUUUGUUGGUCUUGCGGUCAGAAAAGAAUGUAACACUGAAUGCCAGAAACCACCAAGGCCAGUUGACCGGUCAGCUUACAGUGGGUCCUGAAGGUGUGGAGGCUCAGUGUCAGAGGCUGGAGGUGCGAAGCAGCGAUGGUGGCAGACUCCUGUUCUCUGCAGAUGGGGAAGAAGUCACAAUGACAACAGAAAAGUUUACUGUCACAGGUUCUGAAGGUGCCGUGUUUGGACACUCGGUGGAGACUCCGCUGAUCCAGGCGCCGACGUCUGAGGAUCUGAGGUUGGAGUCGCCCACGAGAACCCUGACCAUGGAGGCUCCGAGAGGCGUGGAAGUGAGCGCAGCCACGGGGACGCUGAAGAUCGGCAGCAGAAAGGAUCUGCAGCUGGAAGCCACAGAGGGAGAGUUUUUCUCCUCCAGAUUCUCCUUGACGCCGACAGCAUUCGGCUGGAAAACCUCCCGCUCGGCCUCUACGCCGCGUCCGCCGGCGAGCCCUUCAGGAAGCAGGCCGUGUACGAGGUGUGCGUCUGCCCCAGCGGCAAGAUCUACCUUUCUCCAGCUGAGAGCGUUUCCACCUGCCAGGCCAUGAGCAGCAUCUGCCUUUGGAGCUGACCUGAGAGCGGCGUGUGGCGACGACGAGCAGAACCCUGGUAUCGGCUCUGCGAUCUGAGAUUACUGGAGUGGAGACGGAAAGCUUCAAGCUCUGAGCUGUCAGCGCUCGUAGCAGGACAGAAGCGUUCAAACCGCUGCCUGCAGAGGAUCGACGGAGGCUCACACUUCACUGACUGAGGAGGAGAGUCGGAGAAGUUCUCUGAAACCAGGAAUACGUACAGAUCAGUUCUCACAAUCAAACCACAGAGAGAGGACACAACUUUUAUUUUUCUACUUUUAGGUUUAUGGAGAUUGUUUUAAAUUUGAAAGAAAGAAAAAAAUAAAUAACAAGGUGCCUUCAGUUUUAAAUGGUGUCACGUUGAAACCGUCUUGUCAAUUAGACACAAAGGGAUUAAAAAAAUAAAUAAAGCAAGCACAAACAAAAACUUUGUUUAAUCUAAAUGUAUUUUUCAGCAAAGCUGGAGACGCUUGGAAUCAAAUUGAAACGGGUUUGUUGAAUUUAUUAGCAGGAGCUCAUGUCAGAUAAGGAUCGCUUUGAAGAUGCAGAUGAAAGAUGUUUUCCCAAACCAAAGGUAACUAUUUAUCCUGCCCUUUGCUUCUUUUAUGCCGUACCACGUUUGAGAAAAUACUCAGUUUGAUUUUCUGUCUCUUUCCGUCUUAACUUGUGCUCCUUUACAGCUCUGUGAGAGGUGCAGCUCCAGCCAGAAAUUUUACAUUCACUUGAGGAAUAAUUACAUACAGUACUGUUAUUUUUAUUUUUUUUUAAAGGCACUCGUCAUCUUUAUUCCAAUAUUUUCUAAACCUGAAAUGCGACAGUGAAGGUCAGCAAAACCCAGAAACUUCAUGUUUACUUGCUCAUUUCAAAUGUAGUUUAAAUGCUGGUGUUGGAGGAAGCCCUUCAUUAUUUCAUCCAUUUUUUUUUUUUUUUUUGCAAUGCACCAACACCACUGGCAGUGAAACAAACCCUCAGCAUGAUGCUGCCACCACCAUGCCAGUUGAUGUCUAAAAUUAGAAAGCCUCUCAUUGUCUCCUCCAAAACAUUUGUCUUCUCAAUCUUUGGUCUGAUAACGCCAUAAAACUUUUCUCCGGACGGAAUUAGAUUCAGCGAAUUCCAACAUCUGCAACCAUUUUUCUGAUUUUCAAACUAAUAUAAGUUGUGUAAUAACUCCGACCAGGAAAUUGCAAAUGUCUAAACCAUUCCAGCUCGGUUUUGGUUCUAGAUCUGUUUACUUGCGCUCUCCUGUUUACUCUCAUGCUGGCUUUCGUGUUAAACCUGUGACAGUCUGCUAACGGCAUCUCUUUCCAAGGUUCCCCGAAGGCUGUCUAACCUGGGCUCGCCAGCUGAGAGCGAGGCAGGCGGCCAUGUUUCAUGUGACCUGAUGCAGACGCUUACUCCCUCGAGGCUUCCAGACAUGAGCUUGUCUGGUAAGAGACCCAUCACCUUAUCUUAAGGAAGUUACUCAGACAUGCAGCUGAGUGUUUAUCUUCUGCCCUGAAGGACAAUUUAAAGGGCAAACGUUGUUUUUCUAGGUCUGAAAUAUGAAAAA